AUGUUACAUUUUUGGAUUAGAUUCAGACUUGAGAUUAAGGGCAAAUCGAACAUGUCGUCUCUGCGUAAUGCUGUUCCUCGGCCUGCUCAUAAGGAGCGAUCUCAACCGCAUGAUAGGAAGAGGUUUGGUCUCCUCGAGAAGCAUAAGGAUUAUGUUAUCCGAGCUAAAGCUUAUCACAAGAAGCAGGACACUUUAAAGAAACUUAGGGAGAAGGCUGCAUUCAAGAAUCCAGAUGAAUUUAACUUUAAGAUGAUCAAAAGUCAAACAAUUCGUGGAAUUCAUAGACCAAAGGAGGAGGUAAAUAAGUACAGUGCAGAAGAGCUAAUGAUAAUGAAGACCCAAGAUAUAGGAUAUGUGUUCCAAAAAUGGCAGAGCGAGAAAAACAAAAUUGACAAGCUUACUUCAUCACUGCAAUGUACUGAGGGUCAGUCGAGCCGUAGACAUGUAUACUUUGCAGAAGACAGAGAGGAGGCUAGAGAACUGGAGCUAGAAGCUAGAAGCAAAAGUGAUAUCUCUGUGAUAGAGGUUCCCAAAAAUAUUAAAAAGAAAAUGGAGGGAUCGUAUAGAGAACUCGAGGCACGGAAAAGCAGGGCAAAAGAUUUGGAGAAAUUAUACAUGGAUAUGUCAAUGCAGAAGGAAUUACAGAAAAAGGGUCGCAAACGUAAGCUACGUGAAGAUGAGAUACUCAAUCCAAAUGGCAAUCCGGUAUACAAAUGGCGGUCAGAUCGAAAACGCUGA